GAGCGCGCGGCCUCUUCGUGUCGCCACGUCCGCCUGAACGCCGCGUCCUCCCUGCGUCUGUCGCCACGGCACUUCCCCUCUGGUGCCAUCAAAGUGGCGCUCCGGAGCUCAGCAUAUAAAGCGCCCAGACGUGUCCCCCUCCUGUCCAUACGUGACUUACUGUGUCGUGUGAGCUGGCGCUGGUGCCCCCGUGGAAUGAUUUUGCAGACGGAGACAGCGGGUGCGUGCUGGGCGCGGCUGCUGGCAGCGCUGCUGGUGACGUCACGGGCGGCAGCAGAGGCCGGAGCCCCCCCUGGCAGCGGUCAGCCCAAACCCCGCGCCGCGCAGUUCGUGCCUUCAUUCGGGCCGCCCGUACAGCAGCCGGUCUUCGAGUUCUAUCACGAGCCGCAGCACUACACCGGGCAGGCGUUUGGCGACUCGUUCGCACCAUCCCCGCCGGACCCACUCCUGAACGCCCUGCAAGCGACGGCAGCGCCUCACUCGGAGCUGCAGAGCAACGUGCCGGAGCGCCUUCAGCUGUCAGCGCAGCCACAAGAUCUGAGCCAGCUGCUGCCGGCCUCGCUCUACGCAGCCAGCCCUCUGUACAAGGCACUAGAUAAGGCAGCGCCUCUCGAGGUAACGGAGGCCCCGAUCACCAUACAGACGCCACAACCACCGCAGUCUUCUCUGCACAACCCACACUCAUUCCACUCGGUGGUCAACUACGGCGUCAUCAGCGUCCAUCAUGGAGAUCACUUCGAACCUCACAACAACAACGGAGUCUCAGAGCCAGAUCGUUAUCACAUGUCAUCAGCGGAGCAGCGUUCGGCGCCCCACCUGGGACAGUCGACGUCAGACGCAGUGGCGCUGUCGCUGCAGCCGCCACCUGCGCCGGCCGCGCCGCCCGCAGCCCAGAGGCCGCCAGACGCAGAAACUGUCUCGCCGGAGCCUGCCGACGCCGAACCCAAGUGAUGGACCUCGAAUUCUGAAGGAGUUUCAUUGCACCUUUACAAUUCCGUAUCUGCCCUUGGCUCAGUUUAAUUUACCGGAGACAGCAGCUGCGCCACAAACGCCUGCGGGUGGCAUCCUCAGACUCCCCGGCAGCCAGGCGCCCUGCACCGUCAGAGGGUCCUCGCAUUACGGACACCUGGCUGGUCUUCAACGGCGCUACGGACAGAAUUGUGAAAAAUGUGCUGUUGCUUUCACUGUACAUAUCGACUAAUUUUUG